AUGGAGCAAGGUUACGGAGCAGCCCUUCCGAGGUCGAAUUCAUCAGCAACUCGACAAGUGGCGACCGUUGAUUCUACGCAGGUUGAGGUGGUAUCAGCAGUCCAACAGCCACAAGCGGAACAACAUGCAGUCAACUUACCUUCUAAUGAUUUCCCGGCUCUCAAUCACGAGGAAGAUUCUUCAAAUGCUAUCAAUGCUCACUUGUACGCGUCAUAUACGGCGUAUGCCUUCACCGAGAGAUAUACGCACCAAACAAUCCAAACACUUGAUGGAUUGGGGGGAUUUUCGUAUCAGGUUAUUGGUGCAUCGGGGGAGUCUGACCCCUGGCUUUUGAGGCACGGCAAAUUUAAUGACAGAGGAUUUCUCCUGUCCCAUCAAGUGCACUUUCGGAAUGCAGGAGGUGUUCCACUGGACGAGAAAAUUCCUGUACACUUCCUUGUAACGGCUGAUCAGCUCUAUGAGCCUUUAAAACAACAGCCAGAAACCCCCAACUUGAGCCCUACGCACGAUGAAUUAAACAGCCUUGUUCCUCUGGGGUGUGCCCAGAGGUUGAUCAUCCUCUUCUUUAAAUUUAUCUUCCCAAUGUUACCAAUUCUCUCCCGGUCGCAGUUCGACCUUGCAGCAGCAGGCAAAGUGCCAGAUCAGUCUAUAAUUCAGAAGACACCUGUGUGUCUUCUUGCUGCUAUAUAUGCAUCAGCCCAGCCGUUCAGUAAAUUUGACGACUAUCUUUCCCUAAUCUACGCAUACUCUCCGCCUCCCAUCGAAAGGCUCUGGAGCAUAGCCCUGGCACUCAUUUUGCGUGAUGGUCACGCUCCUCGUUUGGGCACAUUACAGGCGGGAAUUCUCUAUCUCCAUCGACCAAUCAGCGCGACUGAAAGCGCUGUAGCCGACAGUGUCUCCGUUUGGUCUUUUGUUGGCAUGCUUGUUGGUAUUGCUACAUCGCUCGGACUACAGUUGGAAUGCCGACCGAUGGGCCUUCCAGUGUGGGAGCGGAGAAUACGUCGUCGGCUAUGGUGGGCAAUCUAUGCCGAAGACAAAUGGCGCAGUUUGCUCAUGGGUCGUCCGCCUUACAUCAGAAACGAUGAGUGGGAUGUGACAGAUCUAGACGAUGACGAUUUUCUGGUGUCAGACAGCGUGCGCGAUGCAAUGCAGCGAUCAUCGCCCGAUGACCAAUAUCAGCAUGAGGCUUUCAGUGGUCAAUCGUUCCAGCAUUUCAUUCGCUUAUCUCGUAUCGCAGACGAGCUUCAACAAUCUUUAUACGCACUGAAAUCAGCACAGCGUCUAUGCUCUGAUUUCCAGGCAACUCUGGACAUCGCCCGUCCACUGCUGCAAAAGUUGAAAGAAUGGUAUGAGCAUUUGCCGGCAUCUAUUCGCCCUCGGACUCGUCCCUCUAUCAGUACAGGAAAUAAGCCAUCACAAUGGAACCUCCUUCACUUCGCAUAUAGUCUUCUUGAAAUCUUCAUAUUUCGCGCUCUGUUGCGGCCCAUGGUCCGCUCCGCCACUCCACCGCCCUUGUUUGAGGAGGCGCACGACAUCCCCGGUUUAACGGAUCAAUUUAAUGACCUCCUAGCGCAGGCUUUUGACAUUGAUGAGUUCGAACCGUCAUUAGCUAUUGAUAUGUCAGAUGAAAACAAGACCGGAAGUGCAGUGCUCAAAGCGGCAGAAAGUUGUGCAGCGAAGAUGCUCCGCGUGGUUAUGCGGAUAGGCUGCGGUGACUCUUCAGUAUUUUGGUUAUCAUGGUCCCGUAUUAUCUUCGCGACUGUGACAAAUUUCAUGAUGCUUCUUCUAGUACAGGCACCUACCAAGGACCACGCUGUCCGAGUCAAGCGUUUGUUAGAUCUUUGGAGGGAAACAUUACGAAACCAAAGUAAAAGCUUCCCGUUGAUGAAUCUAGGCCUCGUGAGAUUAGAUGGACUGUUUUGGGCCGGACUGAGUACAAACUUCUACCUUCCGAGGCAUGUCAAAGAGGCUUUGGAUGGGUAA